AUGUCAAAUUUAUUAAAUUGUCCCAUCAAACUAACCAAAUCAAUUGAUCUAAGUCAAAGCUUAAUUGAUUUUAUACAAUCACAUUAUAAUCAAGACCAACUAACUCAUCAAGAUUCAUUAAAACCUGAAACUGAAGCACUUCAAUCCAUCAGAGAAUCAUCGAUCAAUCAACCUUCAUGCUCAAAACUAGCCAUCAAUUCUCAUUCUUUAAAUUCAAUCACAAAAUACCAUGCACAUCUAGUUUAUCUACUCACGAGGUUUCCAUCAAAUAUCGGUGUCAAAUUCGAAUACUGGGCCAUCUUUUCAAGUCCUUCAUCACUCGUAUCAUCACUACUACCCGGAGAAUUACCCAGUUCGAUUCCAAUCGAACAUGAUGACCUGAACUAUGAAAGAGCUUGUACACUCUUCAAUCUCGGUGCUUUACAUACUUCAUUAGCUACCCAUCAGUCUCGUUCGAAUUUAGAUUCUAUUAAAUUGGCUAUACAUCAUUUUCAACAAGCUUCGGCUUGUUUUACUUUUCUAAGAGAUCAUGUACUUCAAUCUCAAGAUCUGGAUCAACUUUUUUCACCUGAUCUUUCAGAGCCUUGUUUGACUGCUUUACAGUACCUUUGUCUAGCUCAGGCUCAAGAAUGUGUUUGGCAAAAAGCUACAAUAGAUCAGAUGAGGAAUGGUUCAAUUAGUAAAGUGGCACAAGAAGUUUCAAGGCUUUAUAAACUAUCAUCUGAAUCUAUGAUUCAAACUUCAAAACUUUCAUCCCAAUCAGCUAAAUGGAUCGGUUUUGGAUUUCCUUCAGAAUGGAUCAAACAUGUUAAUUUGAAAGCUGGUCAUUUUGCUGCUGUGGCUCAGUAUCGUAAAAGUUGUGAUGAUUUAGACUCAAAUGAGUAUGGUAUUGAAGCAGGUAGAUUACAAGAAGCCAUCAAUCUCUUAAAAACCGGCAUGGGAAACCCCAAAUCGAAUUCAAAGAUCGAGUUACAACCCUAUACGAUAGCCAUGAAAGAUUCGGAAAGCUUUUUAAAGAAAUUAGAAGACACCUAUAGAAGAGCAAGACGAGAUAACGAUUUGAUUUAUUUACAAUUCGUUCCUUCUUCAGAUCAAUUACCGAUCAUCAAACCGAUCUCAAUGGUCAAAUCGAUCUUACCUACUAAUGUGGAAAGUCCUUUGGAGUUUUUUAAUGAUCAAGGGUUUGGUGAGAAACUUUUGAAAGAAAUCAUUCCCUUUGGUGUUUAUAGAGCUGUAGGAGUUUAUGAUGAAAGGAAAAAGGAUUGGAUUAAUAGUCAAUUCGAAGCUGUGGUGGAAGAAUUAGAUGAUAUUGCUGUUAAACAAUUACAAGCUAUGAAUUUACCGGGUUCAUUACAAGCUCUCGAACGUCCCAUCAAUUUACCUCCCUCUGUAAUCCGAAAUUCGGAAGAGAUUCGGGCUCAAAACGCGUCUCGUGCGAUGUUGGAAAUGUUAUCAAGUGUAGAACAUGUAUCUGUUUCGAAUGCAAACUUGUUACAAGAAAUUGGAAACUCGUUAGAGGUUGAGGCGAUGGAAGAUGAAAGGUGUAGGAUUGAGUUUGGGACUCAAUUUUGGAAACUACCUCCAUCCUCGUCAGUCAAUCAUGUACUCAGGAGACGUGAGGGUGAAUUAAGGAAUACAUUGGUGGAUGCGAGUAGGAGUGAUGAGGUGGUCAAAGGUCUUUAUCAAGAAUGGGCCAAGAUUAUUGAACUCUUGGGUCAAGAUGAGGAAACUAUUAUUAGAGCUGUACCUACCACUCGAGCAACAUUAGAUACACACGAUACAUCUGAACCAAGAAGAUUAAGAUCACUUCUGGAUACGUUGGAUGAUCUUAGGAUCGAACGACAAAACAUCUUGGGUUCGGCUCAUCGAAAGAUGGUCAAAGAUCAAAUUAGAGAAUUUGUUUUAAGUAAGAAAGAUGUACAAGGAAUUGAAAACUCUUGGGAAGAGAUCUUUGAAGACCGUUUGGUUGAACAGUAUGGAGAAUUAAAGGAUAAUUUGAAAUCUAAUGGUCAUCGACAAGAUGAAUUGAUUUGUGAAAUUGAGGUAGCUAAUCAAGCUUUUUUAGAUUCACGUAUUGAUGAUCCAGUGACCAAAGCAAGAGAAGAGAUGUUACAAAAGUUUGAUUUAGCUUAUUAUAAAUUUCAUGAAAUUAUGAAUACACUUAAAGAAGGACUUGGAUUUCAUCAACAAUUUGAAAAAUUUAUUGUACAACUUAAAGAUCAAACAGAUAAGUUUUUAGAAUCAAGAAGAAUCCAAUCAAAUGAAUUAAAAAAAUCUAUCGAAACUGGAAAUCUGGAUUUAGAAACACCUAAAAAGGACAAAAGUAAAGUGAAAUCGAAACCAAAGAAAUCUUCGACUCGAUCUGGAAUCGGAUCAUCAAGAACAUCUGAGAUUAGUCAGACUAGCGAACAAGAGGGACAGGAGAGUAGAAGUAUUCAGCCUGGUGUUUAUGAUCCUUCUAUACAUGGUCCUAUAAAGUUUCUUGGAUGA